AGUUCUCAUGCAGUAUAUUCCGGUUACUCGAUAUUCGGAGGCUGUAACUAAGUAACAUCUUACUUAUUUACUAUUCAGACAUAAAAAUGUGGAAAUUAGUGUCGUUAUUUUUGUUUGUUUUACUAACAACGUCAAGUUCUUUGCCACUUGAUUCAAACACUGAAGUAUCAACGGAAAAAAAUGAUGAAUUACCAACACUGGCAACAGAAUUACAACCACCGCGUCUAGAUGCUGAAGUAUCUAGUUUUUCGGCUAAAAUAGUCGAUCAAAGUAAUCCAACACUUUCAACAGAACUUGACCCGCCGAGAGAAGAUGCGGAAAUAGGAGAUUUCGGUGUUGAUAUGGUUGUUGCUGAACCAACUAUUCCAACGGAAUUACAACCGCCGAACAAAGAAAACGAACCCUUCCAUAAAUUGGGAGCUGUUUUUAUUAUAAACCUUUUCGCUAUAAAAAAUGCAACGACAAGCGAAGAAACCAAUGAAAUUCUGACCGACGAAUUCGCUGAACAAAACCCUUCAUUGCUGGAACCGAUAGCAACAGUUUUGCUGGUCCUUGAAGAAGAUGAUGAAGAAACACCAGUGAGUUUAGACGAACUGGCGAAAGAUUUGGAGGAAGAAGGAUUCAAAGUUGAGAAGAUCGGUGAUGGGGAAACUAAAUUGAUAAAGAUCGACAUUGAUGGGCCGAUAGAUGAUGGUGACGUAGAUUUGAUCAAACCCGGGAAAUUUAACAAGGUACGAAGACGCCGUACUCUAGGUCACGGGGGACUUCUUAGCAAAUUGUUGAACAAACAUAGUGGUGGUGACAGUUGUCAAGUUUGCAAUGGUGGUGGAGGUGGUUAUCCUCAAAAUACAGGUACCGUAGGAGUGAUCCCUAUUUAUGUGGUACAACAGCCACAGUAUCAACAACCUCAGCAGCAUUAUCAACCACCACCGCAGCAUCAUUAUCAACCACCACCGCAGCAUCAUUAUCAACCACCACCUCAGCAACAUUAUCAGCCGCAGCCGCAGCCGCAUUAUCAACAGCCGAGUGGUGGCUGCAACACAUGUGGUGGCGGAAAUCAUGGGUCAUACAGUCAGGCAUCAGCGCAGUCAUCGUCUAACAGUUGGUGAAAAAAUUUAUAAAGAUUCAUACUGAUAAAUUACAUUACUUAAUUUUACUAGCUAUUGCAUAAUAAAAACAAACUGUAAAUUUUUAUCUUUGAAUAAAAAAAUAAUUAUAAAAUGAA